CGCUGGUGUUCAGUUCAGGAUCUCGCUUAGAUCUUUAAUAGAUCGCGGUUCGUGCAGCUCAAUUUCCCGCCGAGCUAUUUCAGCUCAGCUAUCUCCCUGGGUGUUCACCCGUUUUUUCUGUGCGUGAAGCGACUUCAAAUUCCUUUUCUAGCAAUUUAAGUUGACCAAUGGCGACGGCAACCGAGAAGCUUUUGGAGGAGAUUAGGGACGUAGGGACGAGACUAGCCGUUCGAUUUGACGAUGCGAAGAGGGAGUUGGAGGAGAGCCAGCGACAUAAGAGCGGAAAGGACGAUAGUUUGGACAAACAAGAAGCACUGGUGAUGACCCUCUGUCAAAAAGUGGAAAACCUGGAGAAAGAGUUGGAAGAAGCGAGGGAGGCGAGUAGCAGCAGCAUACUUGAGCUUAAGAAUGAGUUAGGACGCGAGAAGUCUGCUAGGGAGGAGAAAGAGAAGGAGAUGGUUGCGAGACUGGAGCAAGCAGAGAAAGCCCUGGUAGAGCAAAAAGAGGAAAUUCGGAAGACUUGGGAGGCAAUCCCAGAUGCUGUGAGUCGGCAUCCAACAAGUGAGGAUAUGAAAAUCGUCAAGGCCCAGUCUGAAACAACCACAAUGGAAGUGGUCUGUUCUGUAGCAACUAAAUUCGGGUUCAUGCGCCUCGCAUCCAUGACCCGCGUGAAAAGCGUCACCCUACAUGGACCAGCAGAUGGUGCUGCGAUCGCGCUCCUCAGCUUGAUGCCAUCGCUAGAAGAGCUGAAAGUGCACUUGAUUGCAGAACACUUGCUGCCCGAAAUUGGUAAACUAUCGGCUCUCCGGCGUCUCGAGUUGCAUCAGACCCAAGGCGCAACGAAUUGGCUUGAACAUCUCACAGGGAUGUCCUCUCUACAGAGCCUUGUUCUCUCUCAGCAUCGGGAUCAUAUCCUUAACAGCAUGGUGCAUGUGGCAAAAAUUCCAAGACUUGAGCACUUAGACAUUUCUGCAAUUCGGGUGUGGGAUGACGACUUAGUGCCGCUCACCUCCUUGACAAGAUUGACAUGGCUCAGUCUGCCAAGGUUUAUUGGGGACCGUGGACUGCAGUACCUACAGAACUUCAAGGCUUUGAAGACCCUUCUAUUGAGAUCUCCGAUAACUGAUUAUAGUGUGGAGUGUCUAAAGGCACUUUCCUGGAUUGAAAAGGUUGGACUUAACGAUAGCCAGACAAUAGCGACUAUGCGAAGGGCUUUUCCAGACCUGGAAUUGUUUAUUAUAUGAUAGAAACAAAAUCUCUCAAUGUUU